AUGCCCUACACCGGCGAUGGGAGGAGCCCGCGAGGGGGAGGUGGAGGCCUGGUUAGCUGGUUGAGCGGCAGCGCGGGGGCAGCAGACGCACUGGGUCUAUCCCACGACCCAGAGACCCGCAAUGCUCCUGAGCCUGGGGGCUCAAAAGACGCGACAGUACCGAACAUCACGCCCACCCGGCCCCAGCAAACCCGUGCCGGGCAGAGCACCACCACCUCAAACCUAACAACCCCCAAAAGCACCAACACCACCGCCGCGUCCCGCUUCAUGUCGGCCCUCUCCUCCCGCUUCAACCCGACCACGCCCACCACCAGUCCCCUCCCCAGCGCCGCCACCGCGCAUCCGCAAGAUGAGCUAUGCAACCUCAACAUUGAAGCCGCUCUCUUUCCCUCGUCCCCGUCUUCGCCCGCGGGGGCAGCACGGGAUACCUUUUCUCCCUCGGCCUUCAAGAACCUGCACAUCAACGCCCUCGGUCUACUCAAUAAAAUGCAAACCGCCUACCGCGAGCAGGCCACCGCAUUGCGCAACAUCCAGAACGAGCGCUCUGCAGAGAGAGACGAGCUCGAGGAGGCUGUCACUCGCGCAGAGCACCUCAAGAUUCAACUCGAGGGCAUGGCACGGAAGGCAGCAGAGCAGGAGCGCGUAAUGGGGGCGCUUGAGGGAGAGUUGGAGGCGGAGCGGAAAGCACGGGCGCGGGCAGAGGCGGCUUUGGUUGGGACAGCGAGGCGAGCUCCUUCAUCGGUGGGAGAGGGCUCGUCAAUGGUGUCGGAGGAUUUGGGUGUAGAGGAGGAGGAGAGGAGGCAAAAGAGGGCGGGGAGACAACGAAAGAGUGGCGGUGUGUCGGGCGAGGAGGAGGAUACUACCACAGAUGACGAGAGUGCCCGGAGCGAAAGCGUCUUCUCAAGGUCCCGGAGCCCGACCCUGCCUAUGCAGUCGCCGCUACAACAGGCGCACACCGUCACCAGUAUGUCGGAUGGGGCAUCGUCCAUCGUGGGGGUGGCGGAUGCGCCGGGGACCCCCCACGCCGUGAGAACUCCUGGGAACGGGUCAGUGAAUGCUACGCCGAGGCAGGGGGCUGGGCGGCCGAUGAGCGCGUUCCAGAAGAUCUUUAAGGGCAUGUCGCGUGAGGAUGGGUGUCCGAACUGCAAGGGGAAGGACGCGAGUGUCGCGUGGGAUACGGUCGGCUUGCUGAGGGACGAGAACAGGCAUCUGAAAACCAGGGUUGGGGACUUGGAGGUUGCUGUGGAAGGGGCAUUGGAUCUAGUCAACGGGAUUGGCUUAUAG